GAGAGAGAGAGAGAGAGAGUGUGUGUGUGUUGUUCUAGGGUUCUGAAAAUGGAAAUGCAGAGCCCAAUUCCGUCAUCCCUGCCACCACUCCCAAUCCUCUUCUCCUUCUUCUUCACCGUCUACCUCAUCGCCUACUUCAUCGUCUUCCGCACCUGGAGCCCCAAGAUCCGACCCGAAGCCUCCAGCUGUCUCAUCUCCCUCGCCCACGGCACCCCCGCCGUGUUCUUCUCCACCUACGCCCUCCUCUCCGAUCCCUCCGCCGCCUUCGCCUCCCCCAACACGCGCCUCCAGAGCUCCGUCCUCGACUUCAGCGUCGCCUACUUCCUCAUGGAUCUUCUCCACUACCUCGUCUUCUUCCCCUCCGACCUCCUCUUCAUCGGCCACCACCUCGCCACCCUCUUCGUCUUCCUCACCUGCCGCUACGUCGCCUCCCGCGGCGCGUUGGCUGUUCUCGGGCUCCUGGUCCUCGCGGAGGUCACCAGCCUCUGCCAGAACGUGUGGACGCUCGCCAACGCGCGGCGGAGGGAGGUGGAGUUCGCCGCCAAGGUGUAUGAUCUCUUGUCCCCUCCUUUUUAUGUGCUCUAUUCGAUUGUGAGGGGCUUUGUUGGCCCUUACUUUGUGUUUAGAAUGACUGCGUUCUACGUCAGCGGCGCCGCCGAGGGUUUGAUUCCCCGGUGGGUUUGGCUGUCGUGGAUUGUUGUGGUUGUGGCUGCUAUUUCUGUCAGCAUUUUGUGGAUUUCGAAUCUUUGGGUCGAGUUGUAUAGGGAUUGGACUCAUAGGAGUGGCAAGUUGGAAAAAGAAAGUUAGUUAGAUCACUUAGAUGUUUCGAGUGAAAAAUUGAUGUUGAUUUUAGAGGGAACACUUUGCGAAACUCGGUUGUGUGAUUUGUCUCGAGCUUAAUAACAAUGCGGCUUGAUUUACUCUAACAAAUGUGCAGAAUGUAGCUCUGUUUCGUUUGAUGUCUUUUCGUCAAUGCAUUCUUUCGUUGUUGUU